GUGCUGGCCUUUUUUUUUUUUUUUUUGAGGUCAUACCAUUCAGUCCUUAAUGGUUUUUACCCUCCCCCUGGUUGAAUCUGAGUUCUCUGGAAAGGCUUCACAUGCAAAAAUACUACUCGGUGCUGAAGAGGGUAAUACAGUCCUUAGGAAGCUAAUUUAGAAGUCUGGAAGUCACAGUACUUCAGGCUUUGUAUAAUUCGGUCUGUUAAUUUUUAGAUGUUGGAGGUCGGGUUAGGUAGGGGAGUUCAGAUCCUGAAAUCAUUGAACCUAAAAGGAUGAAGCCGAGGUAUUAAAUCUAAAGAGGUUACUUGAAUGAAGACAGCUGCCUGGAACACACUUCCCACUUGCCAUGGGGAGUGCUCCUUUGGCCUUAAUUACAAGCAGGUUUUUAUUUUCUUUGUUUUUAUCUUAAUUACAAGCAGGUUUUUAUUUUGUUUUUAUUAAUCAAUCAGUCAAUCAUCUUUUUGGUUUCAGUCUAGCUGAGGCUGGUCUCCAACUCCAGAGCUCAAGCCAUCUUCCCGCCUGGGCCUCCCAGAGUGCUAGGAUUACAGUGGGAGCCACAACAACAGAACUACCACAACCGGCCAGCACAAGCAGAUUGUCCUCAUGAGACUGGUGUUAAGUCUGUCCAUUCUCUAGAAGAUGGCACUGUUUUAAGUGGAAAACUGCUGUGCUCUUCAAAUGAAUUUCUGUUCCAUCAAAGUAUGGCUUAAAAGUUAGGGCAUUUUAAAGAUGCAUAAAGAAACACUGGAAUCAGCUCUACCGAGACAGAAAUUUCCUAAAUGGAUGUGUAUGAAGAAUGAAAGUUGUGCUGUAGAAGAAAGAAAGGCAUCUUCUGUUCAGAAGAGUGUUUUUGAAGAUGACCUUCCCUUCUUAAAAUUCACUGGAUCCAUUGUAUAUAGUUAUGAAGCCAGUGAUUGCUCUUUCCUAUCAGAAGACAUUAGCACGAGUCUAUCUGAUGGAGAUGUGGUAGGAUUUGACCUGGAAUGGCCACCAGUAUACAAUAAAGGGAAACUUGGCAGAAUUGCACUAAUUCAGUUGUGUGUGUCUGAGAGCAAAUGUUACUUGUUUCACGUUUCUGCUGCGUCAGUUUUCCCCCAGGGAUUAAAAAAUUUGCUUGAAAAUGAAGCAAUUAAAAAAGCAGGUGUAGGAAUUGAAGGAGAUCAGUGGAAACUUCUACGUGAUUUUGACAUCAAAUUGAAGAGUUUUGUGGAGUUGACAGAUGUUGCCAAUAAAAAGCUGAAAUGUAGAGAGACCUGGAGCCUCAAUGGUCUGGUUAAACACCUGUUGGGCAAACAGCUUUUGAAAGAUAAGUCUAUCCGCUGUAGUGAUUGGAGUAAUUUUCCCCUCUCUAAAGACCAGAAACUGUAUGCAGCCACUGAUGCUUAUGCUGGUCUCAUCAUUUAUCGAAAAUUAGAAAUUUUGGGUGAUGCCACACAAAUGUUUGCCAUAAAUAAAGUGGAGGAAAUCCUACCUAGUGACAUGAAGAAACAAUUGACUUCAAUCUCUGAGGAAGCGAUGGAUCUGGCUACACAUCUUCCUGACACUUUCAUAAAAUUGGAACAUCCACAGAGGGUUUCUAACCUAAUAAAGGAUAUUUCAGAAAAUCUGUAUUCACUGAGGAAGAUGAUAUUUGGUUCUACUAACACAGAGGCUGAACUGAAGCCCAGCGGCAAUUUUAACUUAUUAUCAUUGGAGGAUUCAACUGCUGGUGGAGUACAACAGAAACAAACGAGAGAACAUAAAAUUUUUACGGACGUUAAAGAAGAGACGUCAGACACAAUACUUGAUAAUUUAGUUCAACAUGAUGGACAGAAUGUACUUGGAAAUGAAGUGAAACAAAAAGAAGAUGGAUUUGAAGAUGGCAUAGAAGGCAAUGAAUUGAAAGAUAAUAAGGAAAGAAUUUGUAUAAUGUCGUUAGAUAUUACAGAAUAUGAACUUCAAAUGUUGGAACAGCAGGCUCAGGAAGAAUAUGAUAGUGAUGUUACUUCCAAAUCUGCUGAGCCUUUAGCUCCCAAGGAUACAUCUCAUGUAAUUGAAAGUGAUGAAGAUUUAGAAGUGGAGAUGCUUAAGUUUUCAGAGAACCUAAAUAAUGGCAUGGCAGAACCAACUGAUUCUCAGUGCUUAGAAAUGGAAAGAAAUCUGGGUCUUCCAACUGAAGAAGAUGAAGAUGAAAAUGAAGCUAUUGAAGAGCAAGAAAAAUAUGAAAAUGAAGCUAUUGAAGAAGAAGAAGAAGAUAAGGACUGUUUGUUGCCAGAACCCAAUGCAAUGCAAGUUACUUGCCUCAAGACCUACUUUGGCCAUUCCAGUUUUAAACCGGUUCAGUGGAAAGUGAUUCAUUCAGUAUUGGAAGAAAGAAGAGAUAAUGUUGUUGUCAUGGCAACUGGAUAUGGAAAGAGUUUGUGUUUCCAGUAUCCACCUGUUUAUGUUGGCAAGAUUGGCCUUGUCAUCUCCCCCCUUAUUUCUUUGAUGGAAGACCAAGUGCUCCAGCUUAAAAUGUCCAACAUUCCGGCUUGCUUUCUUGGAUCAGCGCAGUCAGAAAACGUCCUAAAUGAUAUUAAAUUAGGCAAGUAUCGGAUUGUAUAUAUGACUCCAGAAUUCUGUUCAGGUAACUUGGGCCUACUCCAGCAACUUGAGGCUACUAUUGGUAUCACGCUUAUUGCUGUGGAUGAGGCUCACUGUAUUUCUGAAUGGGGCCAUGAAUUUAGAACGUCAUUCAGGCAACUGGGCUCCCUAAAGACAGCACUCCCAUUGGUUCCAGUUGUUGCACUCACUGCGACUGCAAGUUCUACAAUCCAGAAAGACAUUGCACGUUGCUUAUAUCUGAGGGACCCUCAAUUUACCUGUACUGGUUUUGAUCGACCAAACCUGUAUUUAGAAGUUGCAAAAAAAACAGGGAAUAUCCUUCAGGAUCUGAAACAAUUUCUUGUCAAAAAGACGAGCUCUGAAUGGGAAUUUGAAGGUCCAACUAUCAUCUAUUGUACUUCCAGAAAAAUGACAGAAAAAGUUACAGCUGAACUUAACAAACUGAAUUUAUCCUGUGGAACAUACCAUGCAGGCAUGAGUUUCGCCCAAAGGAAAGCGACUCAUCAUAAGUUUAUGAGAGAUGAAAUUCAGUGUGUCAUAGCUACCAUAGCUUUUGGAAUGGGCAUUAAUAAACCUGACAUUCGCAGAGUCAUUCACUAUGGUGCUCCUAAGGAAAUGGAGUCAUAUUACCAGGAGAUUGGUAGAGCUGGUCGUGAUGGACUUCAGAGUUCUUGUCACGUACUCUGGGCUUCAGUAGACAUGAACAUACAUAGGUACCGCCUUACUGAGCUACAUGAUGAAAAGUUUCGAUCAUACAAAUUAAUGAUGAUGGAAAAGAUGGAAAAAUAUCUUCUUUCCAAUAGUUGUAGGCGACAAAUCAUCUUGUCUCAUUUUGAGGACAAACAACUACGAAAAGCCUCCUUGGAAAUUAUAGGAACUGAAAAAUGCUGUGAUAAUUGCAGGUCCAGACUUGGUCAUUGCUAUUCCUCAGAAGAUACAUUCCAAGACUUUGGUCCUCAAGCAUUUCAGCUGCUAUCUGCUGUGGACAUCUUAGGAGGAAAGUUUGGAAUUAGGGUUCCAAUUUUAUUUCUCCGAGGAUCUAAUUCUCAGCGUCUUCCAGAUCAAUAUCGCCCUCACCGUUUCUUUGGCAUUGGCAAGGAUAAGACGGAGAAUUGGUGGAAGGCUCUUUCCUGUCAGCUCAUAACUGAGGGAUUCUUGCAAAAAGUUCCUGGGCAUAACAAAUAUGCAGAGAUUUGCACCCUUACUGGAAAGGGUAGAAAUUGGCUUGUUGAAGCCAAAACAGAAUCUCCUCCCAGACUUAUCCUUCAAGCUAAUGAAUAUGAAGAAUGGUGUCCAACGAAGUCUCUUCUGCCUAGCUCUAAAGCUGUAUCUUCAGGCAUUGGACAGCAUUCUUCUAAUCAAGGACCGGUUGAAUUAACUGCAGAAAAGCAGUCUCAUUUGGAGAAGAUGUAUUCUUAUGAAGCAUUCAAGAAGAUUUCUUCUGGAAGUUCCAUUCCUAAAAAAAGUAUCAUGGUGCAGUCACCAGAAAAAUCUCACACUUCUUCAGAACCUGUUAUUUCAGCUCAAGAGCAGGAGACUCAGACUGUGUUAUAUGGCAAAUUGGUAGACGCUCGGCAGAAACAUGGCGAUAAAAUGAAUGUUCCUCCAGCUAUUCUGGCAACAAACAAGAUACUGGUGGACAUGGCCAAAAUGAGACCAACUACGGUUGAAAAUCUAAAAAAGAUCGAUGGUGUUUCUGAAGGCAAAGCUACCAUGUUGACCCCUCUGUUGGAAGUUAUCAAACAUUUCUGUGAAGUAAAUAACAUUCAGACAGACCUCUUUCCAAUUGCCAAACCUCAAGAAGAACAGAAGAAAAAAUACUCAUUUUCACAUUCUCUGAUGAUCACGUAUUCUUUAUUCCAAAAAAAGAAGAUGUGUUUGAAUAGAAUAGCUGGGAUCAGGAUUCUGCCUCUCAAAACAGUUGGUAUGCAUUUAUCCCAAGCGAUGAAAGCCGGCUACCCCCUAGAUUUGGAGCGAGCAGGACUGACUCCAGAGGUUCAGAAGAUUAUUGCUGAUGUUAUCCGAAACCCUCCCGUCAACUCAGAUAUGAAUAAAAUAGAAUUAAUUAGAACAUUAGUUCCUGAAAACAUUGACACGUACCUUAUCCACAUGGCAAUUGAGAUCCUUAAAAAUGAUCAUGACAGCAGACUGUUAUGCCAACCUUCAUGUGACUCCAACAAAAAGAGAUGUUUCCUCAACUCUGAAGAGAGCUGUUCAAGUUCUAAGAGAAGCAAGGAAGAAGUAGGCACUAAUACUAAGGUUCAUGGAAAACAUCUUGAAAAUUUUUCACUGAAAGAGGAAAGUGACAGCAAUUCCAUAAGACUGACUUCUCAGAAUGAGCCAUCGAACCAUCCAGAGAGAGAAGAUUUAUUUACAGAUUCUCAUUUACAGAAUUCAUCUGAAACCUUAAAGAGAAAAUUACCUCCAUGGUUUUCCAAAGGAAAUGAGACCUUAGCUGAUACCAGCAAGAAAUCAAAGGAGAAAACAAAAAAGAAAGGUCUUUUUAGUUAAAUUGGCAAUGGCGAGAACACUUAUGUCUUGCCGUAUUAUGAGGGAGAACUAUAUUUCAUUUCUGAUAGGUGAGCUUUGCAUUAUUACUCCUCAUUCAUGCACUGGCAUCUUAAAAGUCAGCCUUCUGUAGUUCACGUUGGGUCUUUGGGGGGGCCUAAGUGAGUAUAUCAUAGAAUAAUAGAUUUCCCUUAAGAUUGCUUUAAGAAACUGUUAUUGUCCUGUUUUCUAAUCUGAUUUAUGACAAUAGUAUAUUUGCAAAAUGUGCUGGAAUUUGAUAAUAGAUAAUAGUAUUAUGUGUAAUUGUGUGACAUAAAAUAUAUAUUACCAAAAUUUUAUUUAUAUUUUAAAAUAUAAUACAACUUGAUUUAUUCUUGAUACACGUUAAUCGGUAGCUAAUAUCUAUAUUUCUAUAAAAUAUAACAUUGGAUGUAGAUGUAAAAUAAUGUCAAAUUUUUGCUUACUGAAUGAACGCCUAUACUUGUGUGUCUAAGAAUAAAUGGUAGGAUGGCAGAUAAUUGCCU